AUGAGCGCUCCCUCUAACCCCCCGGCCGCUGCGCCCGCCGACAAUACUCCUGCUGUCGAUGCCUCACAGACCACCCCUUCUGACCCGUCACCUUCAAAUUCUGCUGAGAUCGCAGCUACCCCUGAGACUACCACUAAACCCGCAGAAUCCACCGAUUUAGCCAAGCAAAUCGAGGAGUUCGAAUCGCAAUUGCCCUUGUCGGCCGCCGACGGUCUCAUCCAGAAGCCCUUUCCCCGCCCCCUUGAAUCGGCCAAGCCGACACCCCCGGCCGAGCUCACCUCCGAUCAGCAAGCGAAAUACAAGGAUGUCCUGAAGGCUGUCUCAGAAUGGACCACGGUUCCGACAACGUCCGCUAAGAAUUCUCCUACCGCCCCUAUUACCGACGAUGAGCGCAUGUUCCUGACCCGCGAGUGCCUGUUGCGGUACCUGCGCGCAACCAAAUGGAAUGUCUCCGAGGCAAUCGCGCGCCUUCAGCGCACGCUCACCUGGCGCCGCGAGUACGGCGUUGAAAAGCUCACAGCCGAAUACAUCUCGGUUGAGAACGAGACGGGCAAGCAGGUCAUUCUGGGAUAUGACAUUCACGGGCGCCCAUGCCUAUACCUGCUGCCAUCAAACCAGAACACGGAAACAAGCGACCGCCAGAUCCAACACUUGGUCUUUAUGCUUGAGCGCGUUAUUGACCUCAUGGGCCCGGACCAGGAGACGCUGGCACUGAUCGUCAACUACAAGGAGACGAAGUCGGGUCAGAACGCGAGUAUCGGCCAGGCCAAGCAGACCCUCAACUUUCUACAGAACCACUACCCCGAGAGAAUGGGCCGCGCCCUUGUGAUUAACAUGCCUUUCAUGAUCCUUGGUUUCUUCAAGAUCAUCACGCCGUUCAUCGACCCAUUGACUCGCCAAAAGCUUAAAUUCAACGAGGACCUGGGUCAGCACGUGCCUCCAGGCCAGUUGAUGAAGUCCAUGGGUGGUGAGGUCGAGUUCCGGUACGACCAUUCGAUCUACUGGCCGACGCUCAACAAACUUGCCGACCAGCGCCGAGCAGCAUACAAGGAGCGGUGGAUCCAGGGCGGGAAACGUGUUGGUGAGAUUGAGAACUAUCUGAAGACGGGCACCAGCCCGAGUCUCUCUCAGACGGAGGGAGCGAAUGGUGGAGCGCAGCCUACAGCAUAA